UGUACAUUUCCGGUAUUCCUUAACACCUUUUCUUAAACUACACUUUCAGAUUGUUACAAGCCUUUACUCAGACACAUAACUCCUAUUUAAAAUGCUGUUCUGUAGCGCAUAAAAUCAUCAUACACGGUUGGAUGAGUCAAAGUAAGGGGACAUUUAAUCGUGCUGUAAAAAAUGCUUACAUGAAUCUCACAAAAAGCUCUCUUAAUAAUACAAACAAAAAUAAAACUGAAGCAAUUGUUAGUAAUGACACCAUGCCGCCAACAGCAACGCCUGAAGAGUUACAGCAGCAAGAUGAAAACGAUGCUGAUGAUGAUGCUGACGUUCACAAAAAUUCCACAAUAGAUUUUAAUGUCAUUGUUGUGGAUUGGAGUGUUAUAUCAUCGAAUGUGAACUAUUUUGGUGUGGUGGAUUUAAUUGAGGAUUUGGGUUUUCUUUUAGCCGACUUUGUGCGUUUCCUUCACAUGAAGGCGAAUUUGUAUUUUGGUGAUGUCUAUAUUAUAGGUCACUCGUUGGGAGCUCAGAUAGCCGGUAGUGCCGGCAAACAGGUGGCACCGUUUAGGUUCAAUACUAUUUUUGCCUUAGAUCCGGCGGGACCUAAAUUUCGCAAUCGCAGUAGUGAUUUACGGCUGGAUGCUUCUGAUGCCGAUUACGUGGAGUCUAUACAAACCAGCAGCAGUUUGGGUUUUCAAGAACCAGUGGGACAUGCAACAUUUUAUCCCAACUUUGGUAGAGAUCAAAAGAAAUGCUACAUGUAUGGUUGUUCACAUUCUAGAGCUCAUAAUUACUUUGCUGAAUCGAUAACGAGUAAGGAGGGCUUCUGGGGCACCCGAUGUGAACGUCAAUCGGAAAAUAUUUGGAUUAUGUCUGAAUCGGGUGAAGAGUUUAAAAUGGGUGGAGAACCUUCUACACCCAAAGAGGGUACAUUUUAUUUGAAGACCAACGACAAGCCACCAUAUGCCAUGGGAAGGCGAAAGGUUUUAGAGACUAUCGAAGAAGUACCCGAGGAUAAUUAUAUACAUUUAGAAUGAGAGAAUUAUGUUUUAUAGUCAAGAGUUGGAAGACCGCAAAAUGAGACGAGAAGUAUUAAAAACUAUUGAAAAGUUUACAUCGCCUUCAAUUUAAACGAAAAAUUAGUCUCAAAUUUAAUUGUAUUAUUUAAAAUAAACAUUUAUUUAUUAAAGAAAAUAUAAUUUAUAAUAUUAUCUCAAAAAAUCAACAAAGUUUCUUUA